AAACUUCCGCUUGUGACGUCACAGUGGUAAUCUAAAAUGGAGAUCGGUUUUAUGUUUUGAAAAAGGCGGUAUAAAUUACUAUAUUCGCCUAAUAAUGAUCGGAUUAGGAGAAGGUUUUUUCAAGUUAUUUUUUUGAAAUAUCUAUGUAAAUAAGAUGAAAAGGAAUCACAAACUGCUUGAUAGAGAAACGAAAGUUAACGGUGUACAUUCCGUGGUACCGCUUUCCACGGAAAAUUCAGGUAAAAGAUUGCGAAGAUCAGCGAGGAAUGGUGAAUUAUGCUUAUUAAAUAAUUCAUCAAACUCUCCUGGAUUGAAUGGAGUUAUAAAUCAGGUUGUGGACCCUUCAUCUGACAAACUUAUAGGAAAUGGAAAGAAAGGUUUAAGGAAAAAAAAUCAAGUGAAUGCGGAAAAUGAAAGUUUUAAAAAACCAUUACGAGCUGACUUUAUAGAUUCAAAUUCUAGUAAGAAAGUGCAAACUAUUCAAAGAAAACGAACUCAAAAUCAAGUGCAAAAUGGAAAACUGAAGAACAAUCUUGACGAACCUGAUGCAAGCGCAUAUAGCGAAAAAAUUUGCUGCAAGUGGUCCAACUGUUCUUGUAAAAUAGAACCAAGCGAACUCUUAGAUCACCUAACCAAAAGUCAUGUUGAUCCUCAAAAGGAAAAUAAUACCCACAUUUGUUUAUGGAAAGGUUGCAAAGUUUUCGAAAAACCCUCAAAACUUCAGGCGUGGUUAGAACGUCAUGUUAUAUCGCACGUUGGCAAUCGUCCUUAUAAAUGCAUUGUUACCGGCUGUAAGUCAACUUUUGCCUCAUAUGUUUUACUCCAAAGACACAUAAACUGCCAUUUCAAAGAAAAGAACGGUUCAGUUUCAAACUCAUCAAUUAGUUCGUCCAAUUUAUGCACUCGUGAUCCUCUAAGAAAGAAGAAAAAACGUCGCAAAAAACUCCCAUCGUGUGUUCCUGUAACCCCACUCCUAGAUUUUUUCGAUGAGCCGUCCGUUAAGCGUAUCAACGAUAGGUUGGAAGAGCUCGCCAACUCUUUGGACGUGGAUCUCUCCUCCUCUUGUAGGCCAGUUGUUAAAUUUACUUGCUCGGUUAUAGCGAGAACGUUUGAUAAACAAGAUAAAGAAAAAUUCCUUGUUCGUUGGUUUCCCGAUAAUGUAUUUCAAGACGAAUGGAUUGCGGCCAAAGAUUAUCAAUCUUCUAAAGAUGUACCGAUAGGAAAAUUGCCAUCAAACCUACCAAAUUCAUCACCCUCAUUUCCCGCUUUUUAUAAACGUCAAAGAUUCCGUUCGUGUAAACGUAAGUGA